CUCUCGUCUUGCUCUGCCAGAACGCUCGUCCUCUCUGACCUCUGCCGCUACAGAUGCGCAGUCGGCACGCGCGACGCUUCAGGCCGCCGCGGCACUCAAGGGGCGAGAGGACCGCGGCCACGCAGCAGCAGCAGCAGCAGGAGCAGCAGGAGCAGCAGCAGGAGCAGCAGAAGCAGGAGCAGCAGCCCCCUCGAGAGCGCUCAAAGACUGCGUCGACAUCAGUAACAGCAGCAGCGGCGUCGGCGUGAGCAGCAUGACAAGGCGGCCGGCGGCGUUCCGCCGAGCGGAGCGAGAGAGGAGGACGCCGCGCGCGGCAGAGGAGGAGGAGGAGAGACCCGACUGCGGUGUGGGCGCGCGCAUCAUCGGCGCGUCAUGCACGGGGCCCGAGGUCCCGGUGUUCGGCUGCGGAGGGGAGCUGAGUGGCGAGAGCGGCUACCUGGGCAGCGAGGGCUACCCGGGCCUCUACCCGCCUAACCGCGACUGCCUGUGGAGGAUCACGGUGCCUCCCGGCCACCGCGUGCUGCUCUCCCUGCAGCACCUGGACCUGGAGAAGGCGCCGCUGUGCCGCUACGACGCCCUCACGCUGCACGACGGCGCCACGCCGGCAGCGCCGCGUCUGGCGCGCUACUGCGGCACGGCGCCGCCCGGCAGCGUGCACUCCACGGGGCCCGCGCUGCUGCUGCGCAUGAGCACCGACGGCGAGAACGCCGGCACCGGCUUCCUCGCCAGCUUCACGGCCGAGAGGCCCGCGCAGCCCGGCGGGAGCGUGUGCGGCGGGCGCCUGCGGGGACCCAGCGGGAGCUUCUACUCCCCAAACUGGCCGCACUCGGACUACCCCACGGGCAUCACCUGCUCCUGGCACAUCUCGGGCCCGCCCGGCAAGGUGGUGUCGCUGCGCUUCGUCAAGUUCGACGUGGAGCGCGACGCCUCGUGCCACAGGGACCACGUGUCGGUGUUCGACGGCCGCGAGCUGGAUGAGGGCCGACGCCUGGGCCGGCUGUGCGGUGACGAACCGCCCGAGCCGCUGAUGUCGUCGGGCAGCGAGCUCUUCGUGCAGUUCGUGUCGGACCACGGCACCACGGCCGACGGCUUCGAGGCCUUCUACUCCUUCCGGGCCCGAGCCUCAAACUCGACCGGCAAAACCACGACCGCCAGAACCACGACAGCCAAAACGACGACCGCCAAAACCACCACGUCUAGAACUACCGCCACCGCCAGGAUGACAACUGCCGCCAGCAGUCCGCCUACAACAACCUCCACCGUGACCGCCCCAACAGCAACAACGAGAAGGAACAGAGUUUCUUCAGUAAAUCCGCGUUCUUCCCCCUGCCGGAAAAAGUGUUUGCGCCGUGGAACGCUUGAGAGCAACUUCUGCGCUAACGAUUUCGUGCUCGUGGGCAGGGUGGUGAACCUGCGGCGCUACGCCAAGGGCUCCGUGCUCGCCGUCGACGUGCUCCGGGCGCUGCGCUCCGGGCGGCUGCAACUGGCGCGGGCUGCGGAGCGCACCACGGCCAAGCUGCGCGUCGCCUGCCACACGUGCCCGCUCGUGCGUCAGGGGAUGAGCUACGUCUUCAUGGGCAAGGUGGGGCCGGACCGCGUCGGCACCCUCUCCCCGCACGGCCUCGCGCUGCCCUACUCCGCCAAGCUGCAGCGCACGCUCGCGCGCCUCCACGCCAGGAGGAAAUGCUGAGCGCGUCGGCCUGCGAGGGUCGAGGUCUCACCGCUCCUGCCCCCGCGCCCCUUGACCCCCCCCCCCCCCCCGUGGCGGCGGGGGGCUCGCGUCGCUGUGACGGGUGGACGUCCGGCCGACGUUGGGGAAAUCUCAAGCCGCUGCCGGUUCAAGCAGCAUCCCCCCCGCCCCACCUCACAGCGUGCGCUUGCUUGCGCGCGGCCCACAAUUCAUUGCAGCGGCAGAUCCAAGGGGGCAAGGUGAUGGGGGGCAGCUGCCCCCCCCGCCGCCCAUCUCUCCUCCCUUUCCCCCACACCUCUUGAUACACCGAAACUUGAUGUUGCGUUCAAUCAAUCAAUCUGUUUAUUUAACGUGGCAAUAUCGCCCCUCAAUGAAGUAGGCAUCAGAGUGGACAUCACAGCGGAACGGGAACGGUAACAGGGGGCACGGAGCAGCAACUGGAAUGAUAAAAGAGACCCAUCACGCCUUCGGCGGCUAAGGCCACCGGUAAAUUGUAACCGCGCGCAACGAAGAGCAUAUGAAAGUUAAGUGGUAAAUAAAUAAAUUAAAAUCAAAGGGACGGUUUUUAUUUUUUACUUUUAGACGUUAUGGGAAGGCGGGUCUGAGUCGGUGCACCUCGCGCAGACCACAGAGUGGAGAGACACUCGGAGCGUUUCGGAUGUCCGGUGGCAGGCAGCAUGAGGGAGUUGAGCCUCCACUCGAGAAGGCCUUCGUGACCCCAGCCUUUGAAUCAGACAGACCACACAGAUGUUACCAAUUGCCUUUAGAAACUAACCCCCCUUUUCCUGAUGACAACCGCUUGUGUUGCGAUCGAAACGUCGUAGUUUUUUGUUAUUUUUAUUGAACCUAUCUACGUGACUUUACCGAAAGACCCAAAGAAUAUGAAUUCCUGCAGUCACGAAAGCUUUAAGUCAACAUUCUUAUAAAAAUAUAAAAUCUUCAUUGUCCGGGAAAACCUGACUGGGGUCUCACUGCUGUAAUCAGGAAGGGACCAUUUCGAGAUGGUUGACUAAUUCCUGUUAGCGGAGCGUUCAGCGUGCGAGAGAGAAAAGCCGGGUGCCCGCAGUCAACCCCAACGAGGAGCGGUGACUCUCAGCAGCCCGGCCAACACGGACGCCGCAGAGCCCCACUUCCCGUGCUGCCAUGUCCUGGGCCAGCCGGCGUGGAGCGGCGCAUGCCGGGGCCUCGCUGGAGCCCUGGCUGACGGCCGCGGCUGCAGCAGGAGAGAGAGUUGCGCUUAAAAUGCACGGUGUGGGGUGGGGGGGGGACACUGUUCCUAGGUCGUAACCGGGUACCCGAUACCCGUACCCUACCCGAUACCCGGCUACCCGUACCCGGCCGGGUACGGGUAGCCGUUUGCGACCCUGGUGCGGCCAGGUACGGGUACGGGUAGGCCGUGAGUCACUGGUGAGUCACCGUUUGUCACUCAUUUCCCAACGUCUUGUCUCUUCUCACAAUUCAAGUUCCUAGAAUCAACCCACCCGCGCCUGCAACAUGGCUUCAUCCCAGAGGUCGCAAUCGGGUACCCGUUUUCGACCCUGGUGUGGCCGGGUACAGGUACCGGUAAGGAACCAAAACCCGUUUGCGACCUCUGGCUCCCUCCCACGCGACCGGAGGGGCGCGUUCGAGCCGAUUCCGACCACGGGGGAAAGCGCGUUGAGGCUUCGCAGGAAUCCGUGGCUGGGGGCCGAUAACCGUGGACGCUCGUGGGGAGACGAAUGCGGCCGGGCGUCGUGCUGGCCACCCGCCCCCCUCGUGCGCCGUACCGGCCUUUGUCAGGGCUCGCUCACAGCACUUGCCUUUGUGUAAUACAACAGUGGCAUUCUCAGAGCUGGCCUGCAAAGUGGGAAUUAUUCUGCCAGUAGGGGCCAAUGUUGCGCUCGCUAAUCCAACUCGGUAAUUUGUCGCUCGUUUUUUUUCUUCUUCUACAAAUUUGCAGUGUAAUAGGAUGCCAGUGGCGGUUUUACGAGACGUGGUAUAGACAAUGUUGUUGUUAUUAUACUCACGUAAAUCACCACACUAGCUUGGAAGCGAUUAAACGAGUGGGGAAGGUGAAAGUUUGUGCAGCACAAUGCCACGUUGGGUAUUUUCAAGGAGCGUUGCACUCCGCUGUCGAUACGGCAGAGGAGCGCCGAGUGCCUCGUGUUGAAAGCGCUCAAGAAGAACUCAAAGCCGCGACUCACAUUUCCACCAUCGACGAAGGUUUAUCUGUGAAUGGCGCACUUCACUUUACCGACGUUUUUCUUUUGAAACUCGGUUGUUGCACUGUAUAAGAUGAAAUGAAAAUAAAAAUGUUAACUGAGAAAAAACACAUUUUA